GUUUUUGUGGGAUCGAUCUAUUCUAGGUCAUGACCCUCAUUUGGAGCCGCUGAACCUGUGGAUACCCUACACUUCGCGCUAGUGACAUCCUUCCCCAAACACCAACAUGAAUGAGUGGAAAUGCCACGAGUACCCACGGCGCUCCUCCGGAAAGCGCAUACUAUAGAUUCGUUCCUCCCAGCUCUUCUGGCGCCCUGUCGCGACCUCCGUACUGCCCGAAACGAGCUACGAUGGCUCCGCGAACACGUCGAGAAAGUCGCGAAAGCGCGAUGCGCCAAAGGAGAUACACUGGCCAAAGGAGCUUUGUUGGGCCAACUGGUUAGAGAACGAGCAAAGGGGAAACCACUGCAGUAUCUACUCGGUACGGAAUUCUUUGGGGAUCUAGAGAUCAAGUGCAGGCCAGGUGUGCUUAUACCAAGACAAGACACGGCAGCUUCAGUCACGCAUCUUACCAAGCUCGUUCGAAAGGCGCAUAAUCUACCCUCCGAACUACGUGUACUGGAUCUCUGCACCGGUACCGGCUGUAUCCCGUUACUCUUCCGCCAUGAAUUCGCUGCAGAACGAAGGGAUGUCGACUUGCGCAUCGUCGGCAUCGACAUUUCUCGGAAGAGCAUGGAUCUCGCGCGCUAUAAUCUGCAAAGGAACGAGGAGAGCACGCAGGCACGACACGCCAUGACGGCAUUCGCCAGAGCAGAUGUCCUCGCAGAUCCCUUUGGAGAACUAACUCCAGGAGCACCCUUACCUGUCAAAAACUUCUUAAACCAUAAACGAUGGUCGCCAUUCUGGGACAUACUCAUUUCCAAUCCGCCUUACAUCUCUCCCUCAGCUUACUGGAAGACCACAACACGGUCGGUUCGAGGCUUUGAGCCGAGAUUGGCUCUUGUCCCUCCGCCCACGCUGAAAGUCAACGAUGCGCAACAAGGAGAUCUGUUCUAUCCGCGCCUGCUGAAGAUUGCUGAAGAAGUUGAAGCCAAGGUUGUGCUCUUAGAAGUUGCAGACCUUGAGCAGGCACUGCGAGUCGCACGAAAUGCGCAGCAAGUAGACGUCUUCGAUGGAAUUGAGAUCUGGAGAGACGAUCCAGAAUCCUCUUCCAGUCAGUCCACAACUGAGGAUGGCUUUAAUGUCUAUGGUACCGGCAAUGCUCGCUCUGUUGUCUGCUGGCGCGGAGCAGGCGGCCCCUGGCUCGGCAAGACCAGCGCGCCGACCCCGUCAGAGUCCGCUCGAGAUGCGCCAGUCAAGGCAUUCAACCUCCCACCUCCCCCUCAGUUUAUUCUAUAGAUCCUUGGAAGACAACCCAGAUGUGAUGCUAUUGAGAGUCUUGGCUGGCCUCAGGAGACUCUACCAACACAUUCCCCCAGUAAGGGCUGUUCUCAAGACCCUGAGUAGCGAAUAGCACCAUGCGGACGCCUACUCGACGCUAGAGCCGCGGUUGGUCGCAUCCGCGCUCGCGCUCUGCUUGUCUCGACAAUUAAUGACGCACGAUGGUCAUGCGCACGUUACACAAAGGCCAAGGUCUGUCAGCGCUUGUUCAUUAUGUACGCUGACGCACGGUGGGU